AUGUCGACGCUCGAGAUCAAGGAUGUGGAGAUGACGUUGACUGGCUCGUUCACGGCUGAGGUCGAGGUGCCCCUGACCGAGCCGUACCUCAUCAGCAUCAGUAAUUGCCAGGCCACCGCUAAGGUGACCAGUUAUCAGGACGUCAAGACGGACGCCGGGUGGAUCUACGACGUCGAUUUCACUGGCCAGCUAGGCAGGGCGAUAGAGGACCAGAUCAAGAAGGAGAUCGUGGAGCAGUUCAAGAAGGAGGUCUGCGGAGUCGACGGGCUCGGCAAGGACCUGCAGAAGCAGAUGGACAGCUACAUCAACACCACGCAGGCCGCGGCGUGGCACGCGGCUCCCGACGCAACGACCACGAGGCUCGACCCCAACGAGGCCGUCCAUUGGAAGGAGUCGCUGAUGUUCCAGUGGAUGCGCCAGUUCAUCGCCGAUGCCGAGGUGAACGGCCUGAGCUGGCAGGGCAUGCUCGGGCCACUGUUCCCCAGGGCUCCAGUGUCGAGCCGCAACGGGACUGGCGUCUGCCUCUUCGGGUCUCGGAGUGUGGCUUGCCCGCUCGCCAGCCCGACCUCAUUCGACGUGAAGAAGAGGUGGGACACCGCGGACGGCGGUUACAUAGACCUGCAGAUCGAUCACUGGACGGCAAUAGUGAGGGAAGUGGACGUGCACUAUUUCAAUAUGCCGACAGAGAGCCCGCCGAAUCCCGAUUGGCUCGGCGUCAACGCUUCCAUAGGCCCGUUGAAUCUGACGUUCCUGGUCGAUAUCAGGAUUGACUCCAGCGCGUACAGCUCCACAGCAUGCAUCGAGAAGACAGUCACAGCGGAGAUCGACAUUCGGCAUGUGGCGUGGGACGCGUUCGUGCUGUACGACGUGCCACAGGACGGGUACAAUGAGCUAAGCCUGACACAGCGCUACACGCCCGCGUGUCUGGACGCGAUCGCAACCAAGUUUGAGCUCACGUACUUGCAUCUCGAGAUGUACAUCUACAACGUGCAUUUGGAGAUUUCGCCAGCGAGCAACAAGACCCACACCGAGCACGAGGCGCGGCUGGUGCUGUCCAUCGAGCACCUGUUCAACUCCUUAGUGGUGACCGCAGUCAACAGCAACCCCGAGAAGAUCAAUCUGCUCGUGGAGAGCGUCGUGGGCCCCAAGCUCGAGGCGUAUGUCAACGACGGCGGCGGCCUGGGCGGGCUGCUCGGCUCCUUCGGCCUCGGGAGCGGAGAUGGUGCAUGUCCGGAGGAAAGCACGCCUCGCGUGGUGUUCGCAGUGAUGCGCUGGACUGCUGCUGGGGCCGGCGGAUUCUGCCUGGCCGUCACUUGCAUCAUCUUCUUGAAGUUUUUCGGAUCUCGAGGAUCUUGGCGCGACAGCCUCGAGGCUACGGAGUCUGGACGUCGUCUCGGAGUCUGCCUGGCAAGGAAGCCGACCACCGACCUCCACUGGGUGAUCGCGCUGCCGCUACUGGUGCUCGUCUGCGCCAUCCUGCUCGUCCUGUCGAACACCGUGAAGGGAAGGCGCGUCCAUGAACGUCUACCUGAUGAACG